UGACCUCUGACCCCAACAAGCAACAUGGCGUCCCUAAGCGAGUCCCUGACGACCAAACUCCCUCCCGUCAAAUUUCACUGUAGACAAGACAAGACAAGACCCAAGAAGCCACCACCGCCUCCUCCAGACGACCAAGACGGUGCAGGAGUAACCGGGAAGGUUCUUAGAGCUCCUGACGUCACGGCGUCUCCAGUCAUAGUUGAUUUUCGGAGACUUUUGCAGAGCUCGAAAAGUUGCAUCGAUGUCGUGCCUGGGGUCCCCAACAGAGAUCUACUUCACGCUGUCGUGGCGCUUUAUGAUGGGUCUCUGCCGGAUGUUGGCGAGGAAUUUCUCUAUGCAACCGUUUGUGCCAAGUGGUCUAAGACAAUCCUUAUGCUCAGGGACUCCGGAGAAGUAGUAGAGGAGCUGUGUAAGUCACAUCCUGUAGGAGGAACAUCAGCCACCAGUAGUACUCAGGACUCAGGCAUAGCAGAUGGAGAGAAGGGACAGCAGGGUGGGAGGGGGGCGGAUGAGAAGAAAGAAGACGAAGACAAGAGAAGAUUUGCGGACGUCUUCAGCGAUUCAGACUCAAGUGAUGGGUCCAGUAGUGAUUCUGAAGAAGAGGAAGACUUCUCGGCUGGUGCGGAUGACUUCGUUCAGAGGGUACGCGAGCGCAGACAGCAGCGGAGAGACGGACGGUUCCAGCCCUCGCAAGGAAACCUGGGUAUCGAGUCCAGACUGCUCGCUUGUGCAACAUUUGAACGAUCCUACUGCAAAGGAGAGAAGGUAGUACAGCUUCACCUGAUUGCGGUGAGAAGAAGAUAUCGCAAGUGGGGCAUGGGGAGGUAUCUACUUAAGCAAGUGAAACACCCCCCUGUAGUGGGGACUUACGACUACCUCAUUGUGCAUGCCGACUCCUCAGCUACGGACUUCUUCGAGAGAUUCGGCUUUUCUGACGACGUUGUUCUCAACAGUAGAUUCAAUGAAUUUGAUGAGCAGUGGACCAACACUACCAUGAUGUGUUACAUCCCACCAUAUGCAGGUCUGAACGGCAUGUCCAGUGAUCCAGAGUUGGAUCUCAAGGCGAUGGAGCUAGAGAUAAGGAAACUGAGAGAAAAGAGUCUUGAUGCAUACCAGUGCCAGAUGACUUGUGUCAUGAGGAUAAUGCAUGAGAUUGUUACACUGCAGGCAAAGCUCAGUGCACAGGGAGACAUCAUCCACACACUACAGGACAAGAAUGACCAGCUACAGAUGGAUAAAGUUGCACAAGACAAGCGGUUUCUAGACUACAAGUUGGGAGUCAUGAGGAACAUGUAUGGAAGUAAGCAAGAAAGUGACGCAAACCUGAGCAAAGACAUUGAUGAGGACACUUCCGGGUUGAACACACUGGUGUCUGCUCUAGAGGAGGAGCUAGAGAAGAUCCAACAGGCCAAGGAUGCAGGUCUGACUGUGGGGAGUCAGGAGGACAAGACAGUCAGCAGAGUCUGGAUGGCAGAUGCCAUUGAACAGGCUAUCAGCGAUAUCAACCGCCAAAUCUCCACGCUGAAAACGACGGUGUGGCUGGUAUCGCAAACCCCGCCAAGCUCGCACGACCCAAGCCACGUGAUCGACGACCUUCAGCAGCUGGUCACGUCCAAUCAGAUGUUCUUAAACAACCUGGAGGAGGCAGCACAACAGCGCCACCUAUUUCCUGCAGUACCACCCCAGGAGCAGUUGACUGCUCAACAGCGCCACCUAUCUUCUGCAGUACCUUGUCAUGAACAGUUGACUGCACAACAGCGCCACCUAUCUUCUGCAGUACCGCCUCAUGAACAGAUGACUGCACAACAGCGCCGCCUAUCUCCUGCAGUACCAUCUCAUGAACAGUUGACUGCUCAACAGCGCCACCUAUCUUCUGCAGUACCAUCUCAUGAACAGUUGACUGCUCAACAGCGCCACCUAUCUCCUGCCGUACCACCUCAUGAACAAUUGACUGUGCAGCAGCGCCACCUAUCUCCUGCAGUACUACCUCCAGUACCUGGCAGUAAACCUUUAACACAACUCACAUCAAACAAUGAAAUUAGAGGAACAAGUAUCUUCCCACUCGAGCAACUCAUUUCAAAUAGCAUGAAUGCUAGGAUACCCGCCAAAGGAACAGAGGACUUUCUGUCCCAGCUAGCACACACAGCGGAAUGGUGGCAGGUCGCUGAUGACUUCCGACGGGGAAUGAAGAAAGAUUCAGACAUAGAAGGCAUCGUGGAGGUCACCAAUAUUACACCGGCAGAGCUGACUGCCUCUGCAGUGGAGAGUUUCCACACAUGGAGGCAGAAGUUACAGGACCCCAGUCUGUGUAUGAAGCUGUACUUCUGUGGUGGACUGGAGCAUCCAACCUCCAGGAUGAAGGAGCUCAUCAAGUAUGGCUUCAGUGAACAGGAUUUCAGCCAUGGAACCUUCGGAGUUGGUCUGUACUUCUCCAAACACCCGUCCAAGGCUGCAAACUUCUGUCCACUGGGAAAGAUUCUGUUGGCAGAAGUGGUACUCGGGAAGACAGAGUCUGUUGUGAAGAAAAACCACACAAGGAGAACCCCACCUAAUGGAUAUGAUUCAGUUGUGACACCAGGACGACUUCUACCAUCUGCUUCCGGUGAUUCCAUGGUUACUAACCAGGAGUACCUGGUGUUCCACCCUGACCAGGCCAUUCCUGUCUGUCUCAUAGAGUACAAGAUCGUAGGACAAUCAGCAACUAAUGGCCAGUCAAAGUAAUAUCAGGGUCUUGUUAGAAACACACAAAGUCUUAGACUGCUGUAUUCUCUCUAUAAAGUCUGCACUAAAAAACUAUUCAAAUUCCAAAAGUUGCAGCUACAAGUUGUUGUCAAAGUUGAAUGCGUACUUUAGGUGAGAAAAUAUGGUAGAGUUAUAAUGUUUCACUGGGCAUUCUGUAAACACCCUUGAUUUCUAAAAUUAUGUCAUUUAUAUACAUGGGCAUGAAUAUCCUUCAUGUGUCAAAUCUACAAAACAUGUGGAUUUCAUAUUUCAUUUAAUGUAAAUAAUGCAUCAGGAACUGAAGAUUAUCUGGUCCAGAAUCUUUCUAGUCUACAGAUCAUACAGCAAAGUUUGAAUCAUAGUUUAGAUGAACCAGUAUUUGCUGCUAUAGAUGAAAUUUUUACCAAGAUAAUGCUGAGAUGAACAAGUAUCAGGGAAUUGAAAGAUAUAUGCGAUAUUGUUUAGUCUAAAUUGUUUAGUCUAGUCUUGCUUUUCUAAACCAAUCAGCUGAAUAAGAUUAAUCAAGGGGGAAAUAUUCUAAAUUUACAAUGUGAUUCAUAUGCUAGAAAAAAUUAUAUUUAACUGAGUGCCUUAUAUGAACAGUGAGACGUAUGCAUUGUCAUAUAUUUGUAACCUCCAAGCAGAUCAUAUGGUAGGAUAAGAUAGUAUCAAAAGCUGACAAAGGAGUGAAGCAGGCCUAUAGGAGUGUUCAUUGGCUAUCCGAAGACAUUCGCCUACGCAGAGAGUCCAACAUCGUCGCAAAACACCUGUUUAGCAAUGACUUUGUGACUCUCUGCGUAGGAGAAUGACCUAAGAUGGCUACCAAAGUUAUUUUGACCUGAAAGAAGCUUGGGUGUGUCCCUUUAGGCAAAUAUUACUGUAGUACAUUGUGUUAUGGCUAGAAUGGAAUUAUAAGUUAUCAGUACUGUGGAAAGUAGAACAGAGACUGUCCCAACUGUCCAAGGAGACCACCCAGGGACCAAUUAAGUUUGGUCUAUGUGGACAAGUGGUUAGUAUAGUAUUAGACAGGGCACUUAAUGCUUGGGACAAUGAAAAAGUCAUUCAUUUAAGAGAACACCAAGUGGUCACAUUGGUGCUAAUUACAUGUAGAGGUAGUCUGACUUGUGCUGGUUUGAAUAUCAGAAUGUAGUUUGUGUGAAUUGUUUUGCUGUGUCAUUCUGAAGUUUAAGUGUUUAAGUUUAAGUUUCUCAGUGUAAUAUGAUAUUAAUAUUAGUAAUGAAUUGCUCACGGAGAAUAUAGAUUUACACAUUCCAGCUACAUUAACUAUGUAAUUAUUGUAUGUAAAUAUUGAUGUAUACUUUUGUUAACUUCGACCUAAAAUGUUAGAUUGCAGUGAUAUGAUAAGUGUCAUAUUGUCUGCAUCACCUAUUUUGUUUUGCUUGUUUGUUUUUUUCCAAUAGUACAUAUUAAGGCUUGCUGUUAAAAAUAGAUAUGACUAUUUAAUAGUUGAAUAUUCUGAUCUCUAUAUUGUAUGAUUGUGUGACUGUUUGCCAUUUGUUGAAAACUGUAGCUCAUAUCACUUUGGAGUAUGUUUCUAUAGAGCUGUUGGUCACCAGGUGAUAUACAUGUUCAUGUACGUAUAAAAGAACUAUGUGCCUUAAACCCAUACUUUCUUACUGAAGAUUUUCCACUGUCUUACAACACCAAAAUCAGCUUACCUCGAAUUUUCAG